UGCGACGCGCCGCUUGCAACUAUUCGAGCUCGCACGGUUAAAAAUAAACACACCGAUGAGCGUGAACGUGGAAAAGCGAUAUUUGCCACAAUUAACAUUAUUUUUGCGUCGCGAUCGAGCUAGUGGACUCAGAAGAUAUAUUAAGAAGCAGUGCGCCGAGAGAUGAAGCGACGCUGAGAGCGUUUCCAGAAAAACAACAUUCAGAAAACGAUAUGUGAAAAAGUGAAUUAAAGAGAGUAUAAUUGUACAAACAAUGGAUCUAUUAAACGAUUGAGUGUCGACGCGCACAGCGGAUCCAAAAGCUUAAGUAAAAGUAGACUUGCUCUGAAGAUCGACGACUGAAGGAAAUCGGAACAAUGCCCACCGCAGCAAACUCCUCGCUCACUUACGAGAUUCUCAUGUAUUUGAACUCCUUUUACUUCGGUAUGUUUGCCGUAUGCGAGGUGGGCAUGGGGCUGUUCAAGGCCGCAAACCUACCAUCACCAGGUGCGAGCACGACCCUGACGGAGUUCGCACUGUUAUUUUUCCUGAUGGUAACCGAAAGCGGCAGGAUUUACUUGGGAAGGAAAGGCAAUAUGACCGAACGUGGACAGCCGAUUGUCAUCGGAAUAGCCCUGACUGUUCCUAGCUCAUUAGCGACGCUCUAUUUUCUAUUCUGGCAGUCUCGUGUGCUCAAGCUGGAGAUGAUCCUCUGUAGCAUACAAUUAGUUCUAUUGGUGUCCGAAGUAAUCAUCGCUAUUAUGUGCCUUAUAGCCAUUUAUCGGCCACCACCUCCAGAGAAAUAAUUGGCCAUUGUUUUGAACUCUUUUGAUAUUCCUGAUACACCUCGCACAAUGACAGAGAAAUUGCACUUUGUACUUAUCAUGCUUAAUAAUUCAUUCCAAGUAUUAUUGGUUUGUCACAGGCAUGACUGAAAUGCUUGUCAUAGUUUUUAAUAUUAUAUAUUUCUGCUAAAAAAUUAUUCUACAAGAGAGUAUGUAAUAUUUUUCCCAAUACAUACAAUAUGAGUUUGCACUUUGCAUAAUGAUAAGAAUAUAUAUAUAAAGUAUCAAAACAUUUUUUAUUAAAUUCAAAAAUAAAGACUGGCUAUUAGAAAGAAACUAAAAAUCUACCUUUAUCUUCCUUGUCAUAUAAUUUCAGUACAUACAAUGCAAACAUUUAACAUCUUACAAAUU